CAAUUUAUAUUUUUUUACGUUAUAAUUUUGACCCCACUUACUAAAAUUUCUGGAUCCGUCCAUGACUGUUGCUGGCCUUAUUUUUUUUAAAAAAAAUAAGUUAUGAUCUUUUGGUCUUGUUCCUCGAGGAUACUGAAAUCUUGUAUUUUAGUUAGGGAAUUGGAACUUGGAGUUUGGCUGUUAUCUUUCAAGUGUAUGAAUCCUUUUUAGUAACUGGUUUUCAUGGAUUUCAUAUAGAGGUAGGUAACCCAUUUUUGAAGGAUUUAUGGAUGUCUUGUAAGAAAUGUUAGUACCAUUUUCAGUUUAAUAAGUAUGGUAACUAAUUUUUUUAUUAAUAUCGGUGCUCUUACAUCCAUGUGUGGCAUACUAACAAGAAACGUCAUGAUAAAUUUAGUUGGAUUAUGUUUUCAUGGGUUAUGCACCACUAUGAAAGCGUAUAUUUGACAGUUAGAUAAAUUUAUGAUUAAUCUAUAAUAAUUAGCUUCAUUUGAGACAUCUUAUGGAGAUAUAUGCUGACCUUCUAGAAUAACCACUAUACAUCUCCGCAAGAAAGAGCCCUCCAGGGUCAGGGUAGCUCUUUCGCGAUGCCUCUGAAAACCUUCAGAAUUAGAGGUGUCUGUAUGGCUUUGAGCCCAUAGAAUAAUCCAUCAAGCCCUUCAUAAUAUUAAUAGCCCACUUUUGUAUUAGGCCAUUUAGUGGUUGAAUUUUUAAAGCUACCACCAGCCCACACAACCCACCGGUUAAAGGAGUUAGAGCAGCGCUGAUAUGUGGUCAGCUUUUGUAUUUGCAACUCCAAGCAUCCAUUUUUCUUAGUUUGUCGUCAAACCCACUUAUUGAAGUUGUCUUUCCAAAGCUACACACCCUCAAGCAGAUCUGCUGCAAACUGUUUGAGCCUCAGUCACCGGUGAUCUUGUUGCCUUUAGAGGUCGGCCCAAGUUUUUCCAUUGCUGGCAGAGGUCAUGUUUGUCAUGUUUUAUAUAGUGUGGUGUUACCUGUUUUAGACUUGGAAUUCGUACGUUUGUUCCCUCUUCCAUUGAUAAACUAUGUUAUCAUUUGGUUUAGCACCCCCACUUUGCAUGCUCCAUUUUUAUGACCUACUGUGUUUUGUUCUCUGCAUUACCCAUUUGGUUGGAGAUGGUUAUUUGUUUUUAUUCAUUUCUGCAGAUUUUUCAAUGUGUUUUGUUUCUUUAAUUAUUAUUUUUAGUCGACGUGUUGAGAAAAUAGGAAGCAGAUUAUAGUCCCCAUCACCGUCACUCGAGUCAUUUUUAAAUGACUUUGUUGACUCCUGAAGUUUACAUCAAAUAACCUCCACGGUAACAUGUGAGAAUGAAUUUUAGAAAGCUCUUUAAUCAAGAUAUGAUCUACCUCAAGCAAAAUUAUAAUCCGCAUACUAGUUUGUAUUUGUGGAGUCCUAAAAUUCUAGCACAACUUUGUCAUUUGUCUCACAUCACAAAAGCUUAAAAACCAUACUAAAAAGAGUUAUAAAUACAAUCACCACAAUUUUUCCUUUGUUGAUGAAGGGGGCAAGAAUGCUCUAUCUACAGGGUUUCUUAACUGUUUAGUAUUUUUAAGUCAAUUUCUGCAAAGAAAGUCAUAUUUUCUUUAGGGAUCAUUAACUUUUGCUGUUGUUCUCUGUAAAUCCUGUCUGUUAUUGUUUGUUGUUCCUUUAUGUCAGUUUUGGUUGCUGUUCAUGUCAAAUUAAUCCAUUGAUGCAAUGGCACUUUCCUGCCAGCAGUGAUUUGUCAUUCACCGAAUAUUUUAGCUGCCGUGCCAAUAUGUGGCCUUAUUAUAGCACAAAAUUGCCCUUAUGUUUAUCAAGAAGAAAAAAACAGUUAUAAAUAAGAAGCUAUAAGCCCAUAAUAUACAGCCAAUGCUUUCAUUUUUGCGGCAGUUAUAGAUGAUACAACUUCUCAUUUAUCAGUUCCAAGGUUAAUUGAGUUUCUGUUUAAUCAAGUCUAGAUAAUUUCAAUACGUGUCUAUUUUAGUUUGGCUAGUUGUUUCCUUGUCAAUGAUAUUGAUGUUUAAUUAUAAAUGAGGUAAGGACAAGGCUUUUUGUUUGAAACUUAUUAGCAAUCACAAAGCAAUCAGAUUGCUUGUUUCUUGGUGCGAAACUGCGAAUACGUUAACCAAUCUUUAACCUUCAGAUUAUUUCAACAUGCUUACUACAGUUUGACAAUCCAAUUGCAAACAUCACUUUUUUGUACUUUGAUCACAGCAACUAGAAAUAGAAUGAAACAAUGUAAUAACGUUUUUUAUAGCCGGUAAUCUGCUAAUCCUAAGGUUAUGCUUAUGCUUAUGCAGAACCAGUUUUAUGCUUAUGCAUGUCCUAAGGUUCCCUUUUAAUUAAGCAACAAACAAGGGUUUAUACACUAUAUAGAUGGAUGCUGGUGAAACUAUUGAUAAAAUUGUUUAAAUCUCAAGGUGAUACUGAAAUGCAUUUUGGAGCAUGUGUUAGUUUCCUUUAGAAGGAGACAAAUGGACCAGGACUGAGUUUCAUGCACCAGUCUAAAUUAGUAGAGCUUUAAUCAGAAUUUUAAACUAUAUGUAAACAUAUUUUUGGUCACAUUCUUUUUAAUACUACAUUCUUUUCUAUUGAAUUAACGAGUUUCACAAAAUUUAUGUAGAACCAGUUUUCAAAAUAUUGAAAUCUAUUUAUAAAAAAAAAAUGAAAUGGUAAUGUGAUGAAUUUUUUGGGGUAAUCAGAUUUUAAAAACAUAUCAUUGACUUUUUAUUUGCUAACAUUGUAAAUUUUAUAUUGAAAAAAACAGCCAAUGGAGGAGACAAUUUUUUCUUUUCAUAUUUCAUUUCAUAUAAAUAAAGAAUAAUAUCCUUCAUUUUUUUUAAAACCAUUUAAGAUCUACCAAACAAAAUCAAAUGAGUUUAGAAAAGCAAAUGAAUUUUUUGGUGAACAAUGAAUGACAUAGUACUUAUCUCCACCAGUAGCAGCUAGAUGCUAAUCUUAUUUGAAAUAUCCAUAACCUGAUUAAGUUUUACCUUUAACCGGUCUCAAAUUAAAGAUUAAAUUAUUAGGUUACAAUUUUAAGGGCCAUUAAAAAAAAGGUUACAAUUUUAAGGUUUCUAGUAAAAUCAUGGCAUAAAAACAAAAAUACACACUUGUAGUAAUAUUUUUAAUAAAAAUAAAAGUUGAUAUUUUUUUUUUUGGUUUAUAACCCUCUGGUUCCUAGGGGAAAAUAAGCCCUAAUAGUUCGAGUUUGGUCACGAGAUAAGUAAAGUCCGACUAAAAAAUUGUUCGAACCCGUAAAAGUUGAUAUAUUUGUAACAAGAAAAAACACAACUUUCAUCUGUUAAAAUUUCAAACACAUUAGUAAUAGUUGUUUUUAUUAAUAAUUUUAAUCCUUAAUUUUAAACAGUGGUUAUAUUUUUUUUUUUUUGGUUGAUAGACGAAAUGGCAAAGCCAUUGAAAACUCACACACACAGAGUGGAGUGACCGGGGUUCGAAUCCCGGUCCUGACGUCCAACACUAGUAAUUUCAACAUUUCUGCCAAUUGAGCUAGAAUCCCGGUCCUGACGUCCGACACUCACUCUUUAAUAAUUUUAAUCCUUAAUUUUAAACAGCGGUUAUAUUAACAAAUGAAGGAAGAAGACAAUUGAGUGACUAUGUUUUGCAGAGGUUGUUGAUUUUGUCGGAUUCGGAUACGCAACAAGUUUAUUCAUUGAGAUAUUAUUUGAGAAACCAAAACAAAACCCAUCAAGCUAAAGAGUGAGUGAGUGAGUGAGUGAGUGAAGUGUUGUUGAAUUAUUCAAGAAUCAAAUCAAAAUCAAAAUCCAUUAUCAUGGCCACAGCAACAACAGUAAUAAAGUAUGGAAUAAUUGGUGUUGGAAUGAUGGGAAGAGAACAUCUCAUCAAUUUGCAUCAUCUUCGUAACGAAGCUGUGGCUGUUGUUGCCAUUGCUGACCCUCAUAUCCCCUCUCAACAACUUGCCCUUCAAUUAGCACACUCCUUUUCUUGGCCUCUCAAGGUUUUCUCAGGUCACAAGGAGUUGUUGGACAGUGGACUAUGUGAUGUUUUGGUGGUAUCCACUCCUAACAUGACUCACUACAACAUUCUUAUGGACAUAAUCAAUCAUUCAAAACCCCAUCAUGUAUUGGUAGAAAAGCCGCUCUGCACAACCGUCUCUCAUUGCAAAGAGGUUGUUCAUGCUGCUCGAAAGCGACCAGAUAUACUGGUGCAGGUUGGACUUGAAUACAGAUACAUGCCACCUGUUGCAAAACUGAUAGAAAUAGUUAACGGAGGAAGCCUUGGACAUGUUAGAAUGGUAUCAAUUCGGGAGCACAGGUUUCCUUUCUUGGUUAAGGUGAACAAUUGGAAUCGGUUCAAUAUUAACUCAGGCGGAACUCUGGUAGAGAAGUGUUGCCACUUUUUUGAUCUCAUGAGGCUCUUUGUUGGUGCAAAUCCUGUUCGUGUUAUGGCUUCUGGAGCUAUUGAUGUUAAUCACAAGGAUGAAAUAUAUGAUGGAAAGGUGCCAGAUAUUAUUGACAAUGCAUAUGUUAUAGUUGAAUUUGACAACGGUUCUCGAGGUAUGCUUGACCUGUGUAUGUUUGCUGAAGGGAGUAAAAAUGAACAAGAAAUAUCUGUUGUUGGUGAUAUUGGAAAGGGAGAGGCCUUCGUUCCUGAAAGUGUUGUGCGGUUUGGAACACGCGAGGCAGGACGAGAUGGUGUCCAGAGUUUGAAAGCAGAAGAUCCCCGGAUAAAAUAUGAUGGAUUACACCAUGGGUCUAGCUAUCUAGAACAUCUUAACUUCUUGGCUGCUAUUAGAGGUAAAGGUGAAAAGGUUCCUACUGUGGAUCUUCAAGAUGGAUUGAUAUCUGUUGCUAUUGGAGUUGCAGCACAAGUUUCCAUAGAAAAUGGUCGAUUUGUUACUAUCGAGGAAGUUAUGGAUAGCAUUCAAGUUUGAGGGUGUUUGAACUAUCUCAAUUGUCUUGUAUGAUAUAGGCAUAUGCCACCCUUGCUGUCACCACCUAAUAGAAUAGUACUCCUAUGUGUAAUUUUAAUUUCUUCCAACAAAGUUUUAGUCCAUUAAUAAUCGCAAAAAUGUACGUUUUCGUAUUCUUUUCUACUCUUUUGAAAAGGAUGUGAUACGCGUUUAGACAGGUUCUGCACGUAUUGUUCAGAGAAACAUUUGAAAUUGUAAUUGUAGUAUUUCAUUGAAAAACUGGAACUGGUGUAGCAAUUCAUUUCUAUA